GAAACAAAGAAGUUAAAACUUCAGCUGAAAACAUGGCCGUAGACAGGCGUAAAUUUAGUCAAUCUUUGUAUCGAGGAUCGGAUAUAGAACAUGAUUUUCCGUGUUCUCCUUGUACUAAAGAGGGGAAGAAUGUGGCUGCUAUCAAACAUUGUGUGGAAUGUGAUGAAAAUCUGUGUCAAAAAUGUUUAGGUGAUCACAAUAAGUUUUCAGUAAUGAGAGGACAUCAGUUACUAGACACGGUAAAACAGCUGAGCGGGAAAAAGCAGGAAUUACCAAGUCAGAGAUGUGAGAGACAUGGAGGAAAAUUGAUAGAUGUCUACUGUCCUGGUCAUGAUAAGGUUGGCUGCUCAACGUGUAUGACCAUUGAACACAGUGGCUGCAAAGGUAUUAGUUACAUACCAGACAUAGCGUGUAAAACUGAAACCUCCGAGAAACUAAAACAUCUUGAAGCCGAUAUAAGCACUCUACAGUCUCGUUUCAAGGCCUUAAAACAAAACAGGCAGAAAGAAUUAGAAAAUGUGAAGACAGAAAAAAGUCAAGUGAUUAAAGAAAUAAAAUCAGAAAGGAAGAAAAUCAACGACCAUUUGGACAAGAUGGAAAUAGAUAUUCUUCAAGAAGUUGAUGUGACCUUUCAGACAAAACUGCAACAUAUGGAGUCUAAUAUGAAGCAAGUUGAUGAGAGGAUUGCUGUUCUACAAGAAAAUCUGAAGAAGAUAAAUGCUGCUAAACAGGAAAACGAAUCUGAAAAAUAUGUACAGAUCAAACUUGUCAACGAGGAGAAGAAAAUUUCACACGACAGUUUAGAAAACAUGGAGAGGUCAAGAAAAACAGGUACACUACGGUUUGAGCCAUACAGACAAACGACUGAUUCGGAAUGCAACACAAUUAGAAAAAUACUUCACUUUCUAAUUAUUGAGGCUGAAAAUUUUACUGAAUUCAAUGCACGACUAAAGGAUGACAAGGAGUCAUGUAAUAUUUCAGGCAUGUGCAUGUGUGAAGACGGGUGUAUUAUUAUGACAGAUUCCAACAAUAAAUGUAUAAAGAAAGUGAAUGCAUGAUUCCUUCCAGAUUUUAUCUUCGCUGAAAGUCACUAGCAUUCCAUAUGGUAUUUGUCAGAUAGACUCAUCAAUGCUCGCCGUUACUCUGAUAAAUGAUAAGACAGUUCAGUUUAUCUCCCAGACAGAACCAAUGAAGCUACAACAGUCCUUCAAAGUCGGCGAUAGAUGUCGGGGUAUUGCAUACAAUGAUGGGAUGAUUUAUGUUUGUUGUGGCGGAGACAAGGAUCGUGAUGAAGGUGUUGGUCAUCUGGAGGUAUAUACUGUUUCUGGGAAAUUGGUUUUAUCUCAUUAUGAUGAGAUUACAUUGCCUGUAAAUGUUACAAUUUCAAACACUACUAUGAAGGUAUUCGUGAUCGACAAACAUAAAGGUAUUCUAAACAUAAAUGAAAACCGAAACAUGAGGCCCGUAACUGUAGAUAAAAAAAAAUUCUUGUAUCCCUGUUAUAUUUGUAAGAUAAACAAAAGUCGGUAUUGUGUUGGUUUUUAUACGACACACAAUUUUCUUUUGAUGUC